UUACGCAGUUUAUGCAUUUUAUUAUUCAUAAAGCGAUAAAGAUUUUGAAAGGGGUCGAGUUUUGUUGGACGUCCGAAGACGGGGAAAGUUUUACGGAAACUUGGACAAACUGAGACAAAUUCCCAGUUCCCCUCCCUCUCAACGGCCCCGACGUUGUAUUAUACUGUAUAAAUUGUUAGGCAUGGCGUUACAAAAUGAUGCCAUGUCUAACAAUUUUCAAUGGUAUAAAUGCUGACACGUUAUGGAAAUCUUUAUAUGAACUUUAAUUAACUUUCCAUUUAUGUGUCCCAUGUAAUAAAUGUUCUAUUGAUUUAGAACUCCCCCCCGUUCUUUUUCAUUUAAAUUAUUUCCGUUGCGUUUAGUAUGUUUUCGAAUUUUUUUUUUCUUUUUACAUUCUUUUUAAGUUUGAAUUCCAACCGAAGAAGGCCAAUGAUUCUAAUGGAAAAUUCUCUUACUUCCAUUCUUUGCCCCUCACAUGGGCAUUCUUCUGAAGAACCAAACCAGCAUUUGAAUUUGACAAGAGAUAAGAAUCUGAUUAUAAGAGCUAGAGAUCGCGAUUUGGUGUUUCUGGCCGAAGAGAAUUGCAAACUGACAGCAGAAAAGCAUCGUCUUCAACGAGAACUCGAACUCAGAACGAAAAAUCCGAAUUCAUUUUGCUCUAAAUGUCAGUGGACCACCCGAUACACACCAUUUAGAAUUUCCAAUAAGACCGAAUCAAAGUCACGAUAUCACCGAGUCAAUUCAGGAGGAGGAGGAGGAGGAGGAGGAGGAAGAAGAGGAGGAAAAGACCAACAGGUUCUAGAAAUAGAGAUGAAGGAAUCGAAAGAGGAAUGGAAAUGGACAGAUGAUAAAGAAGUAUCAAAAAAAGACCAGUGCCAUCCUCAUAGAAUUGCUUGUGGGGAAACAGAGUAUAGUAAUACCAGUCUACUUUUUCAAAACAAACAUCAUUGUCAGAAAAAUAAAUAUUCGGCUUUCAAAAAGACUGUGAACAAAACAACUAUCCAAUUUUUAAAAGUAAAGAUUCUUCUUUGAUGGAGGAAAUUUCCUUAUCAUGGAAUGUUUCUUGAAAUGUAUAUUUCAUCUAAGAAAAGAGAAGUUUGGAUUCUAUAGUGAAGAGAGGACAAGGAAGAUAUUCAAUUUGUACAAAAAGGAAGUUGAGCGAAUUCGAUUUUAAAAGAAUGGAAUAAUAAUAAUUUUAUUAUUAUUAUAUGAAAGAAUGUAUACAAAAAUUUUUUACUUUCUUUAUAUGUUAAUACAUUUGGAAAAAUAAUC